AUGCAAAAUACCGCAUCUUCAUUCUCUUCUAACUCCCCAAUCUCCGGUACCAGUCCGGCUGAGUUCCCCCCAGUAGUCGAUGUCCCCAUUGAUAAUUCCAGCAUGCCAGUAGAAAUUCUCAAACGCCCAGCAGCGGCUCGAAAGAAGAAACUUGAGGAUGAUCCGUGGACCGCCGACGUAUCGACUGUCUCUGUCACUUGCUUGGGCUGUGGACAUCUCGUCCGGCUCUCCACCAAGAGCCUCUACGAUAAUCAUCAUUGGCUCAUGCACAAACAACGCUGUAAGAGGGCUGGCAACAUGAAGGGCAACUCAGAUAUUGGAGCUUCCCCACAACCCUCAGUGCUGGCUCAAGCGAAAUAUAGACCCAACACUAAGUCAAAUCGUAAAACAAAAAGAGCCCCCUCCGCGUCAUCUUCGGUAUCAUCUCUGACUCCUAUCAGCACUCCGCCGUUAACCUCCGACGAAGAAGACGACGUCGAUGUGAGCAGCACAGAGGAAUCCGAACCGCCUCCCCGCUCUAUUCCCAUUCGCGCGCCCGGUAAACGUGACCUCCUCACCGAGCAAUACUUUGCUCGCGCGCACGGAAUUCGCAUUCGCCUUCCACCUAUUCCCCCCGAUGCUCCCGAUACUCAAAAUGACUGGCGAAAUUGGAAGUGGUCUGAACUUCGUAUGCCUGAAUUUACUACCAGUGCUCCGCCUUUGCCAGACAGUAACUCAGACUCGUCUGAAGUCACAUGUGAUCCAGAUGUUCCUGUCAAAUCCCAGGUUAGGGCGCAAGUUGAAGGCCCGAGGAUUCUUCGGUCAUCUUGGUCUAUUGUGCAGCCUCGUGAGCGACAGGACCCUUCGUGGAGGCCGUCUUCCAGCUAUCAUGCAUAG